UCAUUAAAACUAUAAAACCAAGAUUCUCAAACCACAAAGUUCAUUCAGAUUCUAGAAUCUACCUAUCCAUCAAUACACUUUUUCUGAGUGAUGGACAACAUGAGCACUAUUGUGUUUCAGACAGAAUUCCAAACCACCGGCUUUAAUGUGCCAUAUGUCACUCUCCUCGAGGGAGGUAUACAAGCUGGAAAAGCCAUUUUCCUUCAGGGAGCUUUUCAGUCUGAUAGCUUUGUGGUAAACCUGAAGUGUGGGCCGACUGAUGGAGAUGACAUUGCCUUUCAUAUCAAGCCUGUGAAAAGCAUCAACAGUGUGGUCCUUAACAGCUGCCAGAAUGGGUCAUGGGGGAAAGAGGAGAAACUGCCCUUACCCUUAAAACAUGAUGGAAGCUUUGAUCUGAUUAUUGUUGCAAAUUACGAUAACUUUCAGGUGUUUGUGAAUGGAGCGGAGGUUGGCAAAUUUAACCAUCGUAUACCACUGGAAAGGAUCAGUGUUCUUGAUAUUGGAGGACAGGUUACAUUAGCAAACGUAGUGUUAAUCGAGUCCUGGAGCACAUCUUCAUUUGCUGCAAACAUCCAGACUACACCAGUCAUCCAGACUACAACAAUCAUCCAGCCUACACCAACCAUCCAAACGAUCAGUCUUUCGAAAUGGUCUCCUUCCACUAUACACUCACAACUCUUGAUGUCAAUCCAAAAACCUGCCCUUCCUUAUGUGGGUUCAGUUGCCGGGGUACUGGGAGUAGGAGCGGCCUUGUACAUGCAAGGAGUUGCUUUUGCUACAGGGCCAGGGUUUACAGUAGACUUCAAGACUGGGAAGGGUGACAGUGAUGACAUUGCUUUCCACUUCAACCCCCGACUCAACUCAAAUGUGGUCAUGAACACCUUCAGAAAUGGAGGAUGGGAGGCUGAGGAAUUUGGCCCUGACAACCCCUUCAAAACGGGAGAAGCUUUUGAGAUUUUUUUUGUUUUCAGAUCUGAUGGAUAUCUGGUAUAUGUGAAUGGCAGAGAGUACUAUCUGUUCCAACACCGUAUUCCGCUGGGAAAUGUGUCAGCGUUGAAAAUUGCUGGAAAUGUUGUGAUGAACGUCGCUGGCUUCAUUAAAAACUGGUAUAGUCUUGGGUUUCUGCGCUGGGGCCUUUCCACCAUACAGUCAGAGUUCUUACAUGCAGUCCAGUAUCCUUCUCUUCCAUAUGUGGGUAAAAUUCCUUUGGCUCUGAGAGCUGGACUGGCCUUGUACUUUCACGGAGUUGCUGGCACCACAGGUGAACGGUUUGCAAUAAACUUCAGGACUGGGCCAACUUACAAGGAUGACAUCGCUUUUCACUUCAAUCCACGAUACAACUCGAUUGUAGUUCUGAAUAGCUUUAGAAAUGGAGGAUGGGAGGCCGAGGAAUCUGUCUCUGACAACCCCUUCAAAUUGGGACAAGCUUUUGAGAUGUUCAUUGUUAUCAAGACUGAAGGAUACCAGGUGUACAUGAAUGGCAAGGAGUACUGCUUGUUCAGACACCGUAUAGAUCUGGGAAAAGUGUCAGCGAUAAACAUUGAAGGAGAUGUUACAAUGAACCUGUUUGCCUUCAUACAGUCCUGGAGCACAUCUUCAUUUGCUAAAAACAUCCGGCCUACACCAACCAUCAAGCCUACACCAACCAUCAAGCCUACACCCACUAUCCAGCCUACACCAACCAUCCCAACGAUCAGUCUUUCGAAAUGGUCUCCUUCCACUAUACACUCACAACUCUUGAUGCCAAUCCAAAAACCUGCCCUUCCUUAUGUGGGUUCAGUUGCCGGGGUACUGGGAGUAGGAGUGGCCUUGUACAUGCAAGGAGUCGCUUUUGCUACAGGGCCAGGGUUUACAAUAAACUUCAAGACUGGGAAGGGUGACAGUGAUGACAUUGCUUUCCACUUCAACCCCCGACUCAACUCGAAUGUGGUCAUGAACACCUUCAGAAAUGGAGGAUGGGAGGCUGAGGAAUUUGGCCCUGACAAUCCCUUCAAAACGGGAGAAGCUUUUGAGAUUUUUUUUGUUUUCAGAUCUGAUGGAUAUCUGGUAUAUGUCAAUGGCAGAGAGUACUAUCUGUUCCAACACCGUAUUCCACUGGGAAAUGUGUCAGUGUUGAGCAUUGCUGGAAAUGUUGUGGUGAAUGUCGCUGGCUUCAUAAAAAACUGGUAUAGUCUUGGGUUUCUGCGCUGGGGCCUUUCCACCAUACAGUCAGAGUUCUUACAUGCAGUCCAGUAUCCUUCCAUUCCUUAUGUGGGUAAAUUUCCUUUGGCUCUGAGAGCUGGACUGGCCUUGUACUUUCAUGGAGUUGCUGGCACCACAGGUGAACGGUUUUCAAUAAACUUCAGGACUGGGCCAACUUACAAGGAUGACAUCGCUUUUCACUUCAAUCCACGAUACAACUCGAUUGUAGCUUUGAAUUGCUUUAGAAAUGGAGGAUGGGAGGCUGAGGAAUCUGUCUCUGACAACCCCUUCAUAUUGGGACAAGCUUUUGAGAUGUUCAUUGUCAUCAAGGCUGAAGGAUACCAGGUGUACAUGAAUGGCAAGGAGUACUGCUUGUUCAGACACCGUAUAGAUCUGGGAAAAGUGUCAGCGAUAAGCAUUGAAGGAGAUGUUACAAUGAACCUGUUUGCCUUCAUACAAAACUGGGACAAAUCUCCAUUUUGUACGAAAAUGAAGGGCUUGUUGCGCUCAUUCCUUUCCAGCCUACUCUCAAAACUCUUACAUUCAGUGAAAAGUCCUGGAAUGCCCUAUCAGUGCGCAAUUCCCGGGGGCGUGAAACCAGGCAUGUGCUUCUAUAUGCAGGGAACUGUUCCUAUUAAUGCUGCCGGGUUUUCAGUAAACUUCAAGCUUGGGCAGGGUGAAAGUGAUGACAAUGCUUUUCACUUCAACCCACGAAUUAACUCAAAUGUAGUCCUGAACACCUUCAGAAAUGGAGGAUGGGAGACUGAGGAAUUUGCCCCAACCAACCCCUUUACAAUCGGACAGACAUUUGAUUUGUUCAUUUGCUUCACACCCCAUGGAUACAAGGUACAUGUGAAUGGACAAGAACACUGCUUUUUCAAGCACCGCAUGCCUUUGAACAAAGUAAAUACACUUUUGAUCAAGGGUGAUAUCUCUGUAGUCCACUCCGGUUUUAUGAUGGGUACGGGAGCUGGUUACUUUGAACACACUCAUAAUGGUACUUCAGGGGGUUAUGCUUCUGGUUGCACUACUCCUCAGACACAUCCUGGGUGCAUUCCUCCUUCUCAUGGUCACGGUCAUGGUCAUGGUCAUGGUCAUGGUCAAGGUCAUGGUCACGGUCAUGGUCACGGUUACGGUCAUGGUUUUGGUCAUGGUCAUGGUCAUCAUAAAAAGUGCUGAAGUUAAGAAAUCUGCAAUUGGCAAAGUUUAGAAUAUGCAUGACAUUGGUCUCAGUCUAUGGCCGUGACAUCACGGUUAUUGAUGUUAUGAAAAUGUCAAAUAAAUCAAAUAAAUCUUAAACACAU